ACAUAGCGAGAUAUAGUUAGGAUUAUUAUUAAUUAGACUAAUAUGACAAGACAGAGUUUCAAGUUUCAUUAAACUAUUUGGUGGUGAUAUUAAAUGAAUAAUUUGCAGGUCAAUGAUGGAACCUCUAUUGCCUCAGACACAGGUGCAAAUUUUGCGAAAACGACAAAUAGUGCCCGGAUCAGGACGAAAAUGUUAUUUUUUACUAGGAAUUGUAUUCAUUUGUUCUGGGCUUAUAUAUAUAACAGAAAUCAACACAAUAUCACGAAGCUCGCGAUAUCUAAUGCAAACAAAUGAAGGAGAUGAGGACACCAGUGAGUCUUUACCUUCGCCUGGUUAUUUGGUCAACAACGAAGGUUGCAAAAUGCCAUCAAUGGAAGCAUUUAGUUCUAUUGUUCUACCUUAUGUUCAUAACGUAUCAAUAAAAGAUUGCACUGAUAAUGGUGUGAACCCGAUUAGAAUUGAAUCUGAUGAUAAGACUGUUUAUUUAACGCCGAUAUCUUUCGAUAAGACAGGUAACAUAUCAUUGGAUGUAACUUGCUGCUACAAGGAAUUUGAAAGAGAAACCAAGGAUUCCGAAAUGUCGGACCGAACAGUAAGAUUUCACGAAUCCUGCCAGCCAUUUGAAAAUCAAACAGAUGUUGGAAAUGCUGAGUUUAUUAAAGUCAUUUGCAAAAAUGAGAAAGAUAAACCCGAAUUUACAGACUAUCACUCAUUUGUGCCUCUUAAAUCUGAUGUGGAACAACGAUGUUCUAAAGGUGAUACAACUGCUAACGAACGAGUCAGUGUAUUGAUUUUGGGAAUCGACGCUGUAUCAAGACUGAAUUUUUAUAGAACUAUGCCGAAGACUGUUAAAGCUUUGAAAGACUUAGGUGGCAUAGAGAUGUUAGGAUACAAUAAAGUGGGCGACAAUACCUUUCCGAAUCUAAUACCAAUUCUAACUGGCAUGAGCGUUAAUGAACUGAAAAAGGAAUGUUGGCUUUCUCCCGAAAGUUAUUUUGAUCCUUGCCCAUUCAUUUGGAAGCAAUAUAAAGGCGCAGGAUAUCGGACAGUAUUUGCAGAAGAUGCUUCCUGGAUGGGAGUAUUUCAGUACCAGAAAAAUGGAUUCAAAUACCAACCAACUGAUUACUACUGGCAACCCUUUAGCUACAAAUCAGAGUCGGAUAUCGGACAUGAAAAACCUAUGAAUGCAAAUAUGUGCGUUGGUCCUAGGUUGACUCCUUUAAAUUUGCUUAGUUACGCAAAUAAAUUUGUGAAUAGAUUUCAUAAUAAACGAUACUUCGGUUUGUUUUGGGAAACAAGUAUAUCUCACGAUGACGUGAAUUACCCUCAGAUGAUCGAUGAGUACUAUGAAACAUUUAUAAGAAAUUUGUAUAGAAAUAAUUUAAUGAACUCCACGAUUCUGAUGGUUUUGAGUGACCAUGGUAUUAGAUGGGGAGAUUUGAGAAACACAUAUCAAGGAAUGGUGGAAGAACGGUUGCCAAUGCUGAAUUUUAUUUUGCCAAAAUGGUUUAACGAUAUGUAUCCAACAGCAGUUGCUAAUUUAAAGAAAAAUGUGAUGCAUCUCACUACGCCUUUUGAUUUGCAUGAAACGCUGCUGGAUUUGGUUCAUGCAAAUGAGCUGACAAAUGAAAAUGUUCGUUCCAGAACAAUUAAAAUACAAGAAGACCCACCACGGGGUAUCAGCCUGUUUCUCAAAGUUCCAACUUCCCGAACGUGCAACGCGUCAGGAAUCGAACCCCACUGGUGCACCUGCCACGACAGUAGCCCAGUUGACAUAAAAUCUGGUCCGGUUCAAACUGUUGCCUAUUACAUAGUGAAUUCUUUAAAUAAAAUAUUAUUACCAUAUAAAUUGUGUUCAAAUUUGACAUUAGAUGCAAUUAUAGAUGCUAGCGCGGCCGGUUCGCCUGGUCAUCUUGUAGUUAAUUCGCCAAAUAUUAUAGAUUAUACCGUGGUCCUAAGGACAAUACCAGGUUUAGCAUUAUUUGAAGCCACAGUGAGAGAUAAUAAUGGCACUUUAAGUUUAACCGGACCAAUAAGUAGGACGAAUAUGUAUCAUGAUCAGAGUAAAUGUGUGCAUGAUUAUAGAAUGAAAUUGUACUGUUUUUGUAUAUGAGACAAUAUUAGAUAAAUCAAAUUUGUUAUCUAUUAGUUAAGAUACUCCUCAAAUAAACGUUCUGGCAACUACGUACUAGAUUUUUGCUAGACAUAUUUGAAUCUAAUAUGGAGUAUUAAUAAUUACUAGUAAUUUACAGUACGACGUUGCAAUAAAACAAUACAUUUAGACAAUACAAGCGCGUUUGAAAAAAUUA